UUGAAAGUAUGGACUAUUAGAAGUGCGAGUGCGUUUUUGGUAGAAGCAAUUGAGUUAGACUCGAAAUUCAAUCGUGUGGUAGUUUGGGGUCAGAAACAAAUACCACAUGAACUUAUAUUUCCAUCAAGGGAUAUUAUACGAGGUUCGUAUAAUACGUAGCCUAUAGGCUUAAUCUUUUACAGUUAAAAAUGACUUUACUUUACAAAUACGAAUUUUUCGUUUUGAUUAUUACGAAAGUCACGGCUUCGGCGGUCUAUGAUGACUGUUUGGUUGUGGCAGGAGCUUACAAGUGCCAAACAACAGGACUUACUGAAAUUCCUUCGGAAUUAUAUAACGAAAAUCUGAAAACUCUCGACUUGAGUGACAAUGAAAUCAGCAGUCUCAAAUCGUUGACUCUUUUUCGAAAUCUCAGUUCCUUUCGGGAGUUGAUAUUUCGCAUGAAUCGAAUCGAAAACUCUUCCUUGCUUUUCUUUCUUGGAUUUAAUCAACUGAAAAAAUUGGAUUUGUCGCAAAAUAAUAUGUCUGGAUAUGUUUCAAAGUCAUACUUCAGUGAUUUAAUUUCGUUGGAUUCUUUAUCGCUUGCUUAUAACAAAAUAAACUGUUUAGAGGAAUACAGUUUGGCUUCUCUAGGAUUUUUGACAGAAUUGGACAUAAGCUACAAUGACGUUGCAAAAUUUGUCAGUUUCCGUUCUACAAACUCAUUAUUUCCUUCUCCACAACAAUGUGUUUUUCGACAAGAACUUUGUCGUUUACGUUCAUUGAUUGUUCUGAGAAUAUCGGGAAAUAAUAUAUCUGAUGCAUUUUCUGGUAUGUACCAAAACUCGUUUGACACAUCUCCACAUCCCGGUGGGUUUUUCUCCUGCUUGGCACAACUGACACAUUUGCAAGCUUCCAAUUGUGGCAUAACCAGCAUACAUCGACAAACGUUUCACGGCUUACGCCAUUUAGCGAAUUUGGAUCUUUCCGAGAACUUUAUCAAGAUUUGGGAUACAAGAACACUUGCAGGAUCCAAGUCCCUUGUCUUCAUCGAUCUCGGAAGCAAUAUGCUCGAGCACCUUCCUGAAAAUUCUUUUGCAGAUUCUCAACAUCUUGCCUACAUGAGUCUGAGAAAUAACGAAUUACAAACAGUUAGAGUCGGAUGGCUAGAAAAUUCAGCAGAAUACAAACUUCUUAAUCAGGAAUCAAAAUCUGACGUUGAGGUCAAUUCUCAGACAUGGCUGAAAAUGCUUUUUCGCGCUCGUAGACAUUGGAUUGAUUGGAGUGGUAAUCCAUGGACAUGUGAUUGUGAAAUAAUACCUUUUCUAAAUUGGCUUUACAUUAAACCACACCUGGAGCUGUUUCAGGCCUUAUCUGGAUAUCAUGAUAUUAUCUGUUACAAACCUCGGCAUAUGCGGGGUAAUAACAUCUUGGAGGGGUAUUUCACUGGUCCGGCUAACUCUGCAGCCUUACAUAAGUUGCAAAAUGUAUGCGAAACUAAAAAUCCAAUUACAUCGGAUUAUGAAAUCCACGCGAUUACAUCCGAUACCGUAACUGAAACGAGUACCGGUAACGAAACUAAAAUAGCAUCUUCAAUUGUUUCCUUCACUGCCGUUACAAAAGGAUAUACUGACCGGAUAACCGAUUAUACAGUUGGCACAGAUACUACACCGACCACGGAAAUAAGUAAGCUGCACGUGAGUAACCUGACAAUAACAUCAAGAGAAAAUAUCAAUCAAACCAUAACGUCAAAUCAGUUCGAAAAUGCUACAUCGAGAGCGGCGAAUACACGCAACGAUAAUUCUCCACCAUGGUCGCUAAAGAGCAAUGAAACACUUGUUGGUACAGCGAUCAUUUCGACGGACCAAGCAAAAUCCUUUUCUGACAAUAAAAGUGAAGUCUUGGAGUGGCCAAGGUGGAUGAUUGUUGUAUUUGUAACAGCAGAUCUUAUAUUAUUUGCAGCAGCAGUAUUGAUAUUCAAAAGGUGCUGCCUUGACGGAAAUACACGAAAAAUCUCCCCAUUUCCAAGGUCGAGUUCAACAAGAAUUUACAUGGGCGAAAACGAUACGCUUGAUUUUUAAACACUGAGGUAAAUCAGGCUAAACAAGCAAGUCCAAAUUUAGCUCUUUGCAGCUCCGUACGUCGAAGGUGGCCCGUGUAGAUUUUCUUCAAAACGAAACGCUUAUGGGUCACCGGCUACAAACAAAACUCUUCCAGAAAACUCGAUUACUUCAUGAAUGUCAUAGGACAGUCUUUCACCCGUGGUAACUCACGCGUUGUCUGAAGUAAGACUGCUGUCGCCAGUAUGGUUGUAGUUUACUCAUCCAUGCAAUAAGGAGUAUGGAGUUGGAAAACGUUGUUUUCUAAAACGUUGUUUUCUAACUCCAGAUCAGAAAACUAUCACUAUAUAAAAUGUUUGGUUUUUUCAAUGGGCUAAAUGAGGUAAGGCAUAAUAUAUAUUAGGUAUAUUUAGAAAACCUAUAAGAUUUUGUGUGGAAUAGUUUUGUUUGUUAUUGACUUAUGUUGAAACUUUUAGCAUAAAUAUGUUCUAUCUACGUAUAAUUUCAAAAAAUAAUGGAUUUCCCAUAACAAAAAUUAUUAUUUUGUGUGUGUGUGUUGCUUUGAAUAAUCAUGAAAAGGCAAGCAAAAUAAUAAUGCAUUGCAGAAUUUGUGUUUGCUAAAAUUGUAUUGUUGUUGCCUGCGGUUUCUACUGUCUGGCUGUGAUAAAAUCUCUCUUACGGGCAUUUCAAAAAACGAAGCAUUUAUGUCAAUGCUGUACUUUCCUACAUAAAUAUGGGAUCACGUUAGUGGCAUGAGAUUUCAAUAAACCAAUGUAAAAUUGUGAAA